UCAAGCAAUCCUCUCUCAUCAGCCUCCCAGAGUGCUAGGAUUACAGGCAUGAGCCACCAGGCUGAGAGCCUGACUAAAGGAAUGUGACCUUAAACUUAACAACAAGAACACAGUAGGUGCAUUGUAAUCUAGAGGGGAUACCGUGUAAGAGAAAGUAAAAUCCAUUGCUUUCAGGACCCACUCUAAUUUCAGUAAAUACACAGUAACAAACCAAUAUAGAAAGUUACAUUGUUAACCACUUCAGCUCAUAAUUUUUAGUCAGUCUGUAAAUGUCCACUUUGAAUUCUGGAAGUUACUUUAAAGAAAAUCCCUUCUUGGUACUCAUCUGAAACUUGUCUGUCACUGGACAGUCUCAUCACUGCAGCACCUGUUAGGCUCUGUCACUGACAGUAUAUCUGUAAUUUCUUAAAAUGAGAUGGAUAUUUUUGCAGCAUCUAUUUAAUAAAUAAUAGAGAUGAUUGAUGCCAGGAUUUACAGGGAGAAGACAUAAGUCAGACACGAGUGCUACCCUAAAAGACCUGCCUGGAGGAGGGUGGAGACCUGGGAAUGAGCAAAGAAUAAUCCAGGAGUAGAGCCAUCCUGGCUUUGGUGGUUCGUAGAAAGGAGAGGAUUCUCAGAUCUCAGAUUCUCCCCGAUCUGGUCAAAAGAGAAUCAAGAGCUUGAGAAAGGUAGAUUGGGUCCAUGAGGUGAGGCCUCUCAUGCUAGGCUGAGGGGGGUUCAUUUAGGACCCUUUGAAAUUUGGGGGGGCAGUGGGGAAGAACUUGGUAUUGAUUUAAGGAGUAUUGAUCUGGUCCUGGUAUGUAGAAUGGGUUGGGUAUUUUCAGAGCCCAGAAAGGAUGAUGCUUAUGAAUGGAAGGAAGAUAAGAUUUGGGAAACUGUGUAGAAAUAGUCUGUGGCACUUGGCAAUUGAUUGUACCUUGGCCUCAGGUCAAAAAUGGUGCCUUGAGGAGAAGUGUGAUUCUUAGACCUUGAACUGGUUUGGGGAGGGGGGUGGGGUGUGAAGUUAAGCGGAAGGAGGAGUUUGGUUUGUAGAGUUGGAGGUGCCAGUGGACCUCACCAGACAGUAGGAAUUGCAAAGCUGGGGUCUUCAUUCAGGAGCCAGCUAGGAACUGAAACUAUGGAAAUGGGUUACAGCCUGGUGAGGUGGAGGGAGGUCGUAUGGAGCAAAAAUACAACCAACUUGUAUGGACAGUUUCAUAACAUGGCCCAUUCACAAUUUCCCAAAAUAAAAGGAAAGCCUCAAGAAAAAUUAUUUUAGGGAGGUUCUCCCCCUCAAAAUAAGAAAAAAUCAAAUUAUGUUAACAGGAAGAAGUAGUUCACAUCUGAGAUUGGUACUUAACAGCAUUUUGACCCAUUAAAAAAAACUAAAGAUUAUAGUUUAUGAACCUUAAAAAAGUUAUGCCCAAGGUUAUUUGGACCCUGGUCUGGACCAUGCUGUCCAAAUUAACAUUCGUUUUCCUAUUUUUGCAUUUCAUAACAGAAUGCCAUCUUAUACUUUUAGAUCAUGAUUCUCCCACAUAGGUAUGCUUUUGUAAUUGUUUUCUUAAUGAAUUGUAAAAUAGAGCUAGUCUUAUAGUUACAGGGCGACGUACCAUGUGAAACACAGCAGCAGUAUUUAAAUUUCAUUUGAGCAGAAUCUUUCUUUUUGGCUGGAGGUUGGCCAAACCCAUCAAUCUGCCACCCCGUAAGAGUGAAUACUGAAGGUGGAAAAGAGUUUCAGGUGGAUUCCUACCCUCAGUUUACAGUCUGGGGAACAUGUUUUUAAAACUCUGCUUCCAAACCUACGGCACGUUGCUCUUUUGAGGCUAUGGUUUGAAGUUAUUUUCCGAAAGAAGAGAACAUGGUAAUUGUAUUGCCCCUCCCUUCUCCCAUGCAAGCAAGUAGGAAGUUGGGACAGUUUCAUAACAUGGCCCAUUCACAAUUCCCCAUUGAAAUUUAGAGGCAGGUCACCUUCUAUGAAUACACAAAGACACUAUUGUGGUCAGAAGUGAGCUGGCUUAGUGAACACAAUUCUUUUUAUACUAAAAAAAUUUUUUUCUUAAGAAAGCUAACAAGUAGGUGAUGGAAACAAUGAAUACAAAAUAACUUUUUCUAGAACAUAUAAAUAAUUUUAAGUGACCAUUGAAAUGUAAGUUUAGAAUUCCAGGGCAAUUUCUGCAGAGGCGCUAGUUACACAAUCAUUCUGUUGAAAGCUAAGAUUUAGAUGGCAUUAGGCGGCUGACACAUAGUAAUUACUCGCCGUCCUCGUUGGCUUGCAGACAGGUGGGGGCUGGGCCUCCAGAGUCCCCCAGGGCGUUUUCCUGUAAUCUGGGCGAGUGAUCUUCAAACGUGUGCUUUCCAACCACUUAAAUACCAUAUUCUUCCUAUCUUGCCUCUCAUUUUUAUGUUACCACAGAUGCCUUCCCCACAGUCUUGCCAGUGCUUGUAGAAAGCUUAGAAAAAGCGCGAUAAAAUGCUGGGCUAAGUACACACGGGAGAGGCUAGCAAUUUUUUUUUAAUUGGUUUUUAAAUUUUUUAUAGCUUGAUGGUAGAUAACACAUUUGCUUCAUUUCAGUGACCCAACUCUUAAAAGACCUCCCAGUCAUUUAGAUUUCCUAAACGGCAGGCUUUUUUCCCUACUUUAUCAUGUGUCUUUGAGAGACUGAUUUAAGGAAAAAUAAUGCUUGACUCUCUGAAUCAAUACUUUAGACCUGUCAAAACCCCUCUUUCUAGUGUACUGAAACAGCUGACUUUGAGUUAUAUGCGGAGAAUCAGAGAUCAGGACCCCCCCACCCCCAUUUUGUCCAUGAAACCUUUGCCGUGUAUAACUUUACCACCUUUGUGUUCCUUUCCAAGGUGAAAACAUAAAAUCUUGCAGUGUUUUUAAAGAUUUUUGGCUUAAGAAAUACCCGGUGCCUGACACACUGUAUAUACUUCAGUUGAUACUGAUGGUGAUAAUUAGAUGGCAUUAUACAAUCAUUCACUCAACAAACCUUCACUUGCUGAGCACCUACUAAGGUUCCAGGUACUGAUUAUUAAAAGGUGAUUGAGACACAGCCUCUGUUCCUGAACUCACCCUCUAGUGGGAGGCGACAGAUUUGUAAAUAAUUGAUUUGAAGUUGCUGAGCAAUUAAAAUGUUUUAAAACCUGUGCAUCCCUCCCCUCCCCCAGCAAAUGUGUCAUAGUCACCCUGUGUCAUCCACGUCCUCAGCACAAGGCCUCACAGGAGGGAGGUGUGCAGGUAUUUCCUGAGAGAGUGAGAAAGUGUCAUAGAAUGUAUCCGGGCAUAACCCCAAAGAAGUCAGUGACACACAGAUAUCUGACGAGUAUCACCCCACUGCCCACGGAGACAAAAGCCUAAACUGACUGAGGGAGCCUGAAUAUGUGAGAACUGGCAGGGACUGUGCUAAUUUAUGCUUAUAGACAAAGAAUAGAAAAGUUUAAAAGAGGCAGUAGGGACUCCAGACAGGUGCCAUCUAACAGAAGAGGAAGGGGUUCCUGAAGUUGAGGGGCUAAUAGUUACAGAAAAAUUUACCUCGCCUUUGUAAUCCAUGCCUUGCAGCUAAGCAGGACGGAAUUCUGAGGCAUUGCCCGGAGGAGAAUGUGAAGAAUGUACCUUUCAGUGUGUCUUUAAAAGAGAGAGAGGAAGUGUCCGAUGCUCCCACUGUAGCCCAGCAAUCUUGCAGAACUUGAUUUUUACAGGGGAAUGAAAGCUACUGGUUGAUUUGAAAAUCCCUGGGUCUCACAAGCUUGGAGAGGUCCCAGAAAACGGCACAAUGUCAACAGCAGGAAUUGCUGCUCCGGAGAUUAGAGUCCCAUUAAAAGCUGGAUUUCUACAUAAUGGCCAAGCCAUGGGCAGCCUGAAGACCUGCUGGGGCAGUCGCAGUGAGUUUAAAAACAACUUUUUAAAUAUUGACCCCAUAACCAUGGCCUACAGUCUGAACUCUGCUGCCCAGGAGCACCUGACGUCUCUUGGGCACGCUUCAAAAUCUGUUCCGAUGAACGGCCACUACUUUACAGAAAAUGGUUCAUCUCAAAAGUCCAGCUUGCCCCCUCUCAUUAUUCCUCCAAGUGACAACUUGGGACAACGUAAUGAGGAUCAAGUUGUCUGUGGUUUUAAGAAACUCUCAGUGAAUGGGGUCUGUGCUUCUACUCCUCCACUUACACCCAUAAAAAGCUCCCCUUCACCCUUCUCCAGCACAGCUCUCUGUGAACGGGGCUCUAGGCCCCUUCCGCCACUGCCAAUCUCUGAAGACCUCUCUCUGGAUGAGACAGACUGUGAGGUAGAAUUCCUAACAAGCUCAGAUACAGACUUCCUUUUAGAAGAAUAUACAUUUUCUGAUUUCAAAUAUGAUGUUCCUGGCAGGCGAAGCUUCCGUGGGUGUGGACAGAUCAACUAUGCAUAUUUUGACACCCCUGCUGUUUCUGCAGCAGAUCUCAACUAUGCCUCUGACCAAAACAGAGGUGUCCCAAGUCCAAAUCCUGCCCCUCAAACCCACCGAAGGUUAAGAAGGUCUCAUUCAGGACCAGCCGGAUCCUUUAACAAACCGGCCAUAAGGAUAUCCAGCUGUCUACACAGAGCUUCUCCUAACUCUGAUGAAGACAAACCUGAAGUCCCCCCCAGGGUUCCCAUACCGCCGAGGCCAGCGAAGCCGGAUUACAGAAGGUGGUCAGCAGAAGUCACUUCUAGCACUUACAGUGAUGAGGACAGGCCUCCCAAAGUGCCGCCCAGGGAACCUGUAUCCCGGAGUAACUCCCGCACACCGAGUCCUAAAAGCCUUCCUUCUUACCUCAACGGGGUCAUGCCCCCAACCCAGAGCUUUGCUCCUGAUCCCAAGUACGUCAGCAGCAAAGCUCUGCAGAGACAGAGCAGCGAAGGGGCUGCCAACAAGGUUCCUUGCAUCCUGCCCAUUAUUGAAAAUGGGAAGAAGGUUAGUUCAACACAUUAUUAUCUACUACCUGAGAGACCACCAUACCUGGACAAAUAUGAAAAAUUUUUUAGGGAAGCAGAAGAAACAAAUGCAAGCCCCCAAAUCCAGCCAUUGCCUGCUGACUGCAGUGUAGUCUCAGCCACGGAAAAGCUGGACUCAAAAGCAAAGAUGGAUCCAGGCGGCCACGUGAAGCGUAAGCACUCGGCCUACGUGGUUUCUCCUUAGGCCGCAGGGCUGUGGUCCAGCACAGUCUGCAUAGGAGCAGGUGGCUCUCGAUUUUCCAUUUUGAUUGAGGUUCACAGAAACAUCUUUCAGAUUGUAAAAUAAAAUAGUUGAGCUCUCUGUCUUAAUGAGAAAAACUUAGAGCAGUUGUGAGAUGCUAGUAUGCUGAGAAUCCCCAGUUUUGUUAGAGAUGGAGAAAAGUCUAUUCAAGUUUAUAAUUUAAAGAUGUGAUGGCAGGGAGGGGGGAUGGGGAAACUUUUAUAUAUUCGUACCUUAUAUGGCUAUAUAUAAACUUGUGGUAUAACCAUAGACCAUAGUUGCAGGUUAACCUGUUAGUUACUAUCUUAGAGUAAUAUAUAUUCAGAAUAGCUAAAACCCAACCUGACAGACUGAAAAUUGAGCAAAUGGAAGAAAAUUCAGUGUUGCUUAGAUCGGAAUUAUCAAAAAAGAUUAUUCUCGUUUUGUAGGUUUGAAGAUUUGCGGCUUUUAGGCCUGUUCUAUUUUGUUCAUUUUUGCAAGCGGUCUUUUCCGUGACGGUGCUGACCGAGUUUGGAGGUCCUCCCAGGCCUCAUGCUCCCAGGUCUCGGCUUUUGUCUUGCUGAGGGGAGGGAUAGCAGCUUAUUUGGCAACCACUGACCUGCACAUGUCUCACAUCUUGAAAAGUGGAAAGACACAGAAUUAGUGAACAGUUUUUCCUUACAAUUCCCACUUGAUUCUCCCCACUGAAGUGGCCGCUUGUGGUACAGGCCCUGCAGAGACAGUGGGGUCUUGAGACUCCAAUGAAAAGCACACUCGAUGCCAGUGUUUAGCAUGUCAGUUUUACAAACUAAUGAAGCAGUUAGCUAUGUGAUUGAGAGUUACUGUGUGGGGAUGUGUGUUAUGUUUUUUGUUUUUGUUUUUAGACUGUAUUAAUAAACAAAUACAACACAAGCUGGCCUUGUGUUGCUGGUUCCUAGUCAGUAUUUCCUGGGGAUUGUUUGCUUUUUAAGUAAAACACUUCUGACCAACAGCGCGGUAUGUCUUCAUACCAGAGGUCGCUCAGCGUCUUUCUGCUUUGGAAACUCUCCAGCCGGCUGCUCACCUGGUGCAGUGAGACACACAGCUCGUGCUUAUCUUCACAUCCUUCCAUGGAUUCGUCUUGAGUAACAAGCACAAGAGAGAGAAGGUGCUCACUAACAGGGACAUUGCUACAAUGUUCUCUUACUAGUUAAACAAGCUGUUUACAGUUUAAACUGCUGAAUAUUAUUUGAGCUAUUUAAAGCUUAUUAUAUUUUAGUAUGAACUAAAUGAAGGUUAAAACAUGCUUAAGAAAAAUGCACUGAUUUCUGCAUUAUGUGUACAGUAUUGGACAAAGGAUUUUAUUCAUUUUGUUGCAUUAUUUUGAAUAUUGUCUUUUCAUUUUAAUAAAGUUAUAAUACUUAUUUAUGAUA